GUUGAUCUCCGUUUAUCUGAUGUCUAGAAAUAUCUAAGGUCCGGUUAUUAUUGUUCUUCGGCUGUGUACAGCUGCACAGUUUGAAUACCCUCAGAGUCUAGUGGCAUUAGCUGCGCUUGUGGAAAAUGCUAGGUUUUGAACGUGACAAAUGGAGCUAGCGGAUCGAGCAGUUGGGCUUCUAUUAUCUUCAAUCAGCUUAUCCAUAUUCACCUACUAUACUUUCUGGGUCAUCAUCCUGCCAUUUGUAGAUAGUGAUCACUUCAUCCACAAGUACUUUUUGCCUCAAGACUAUGCCAUCCUCGUACCUGUCUUCGCUGGCGUAACUCUCCUCUCUCUUCUUUGCGUAUUCAUUGGAAUGGUCAUGCUCAAAUCCAAAAAGAAGAAGGCUUGAUUUUUUUUCUUGGUUCUUUUGUGCCUACUUAGUUGGACCUUUUGGUCUUUUCAGUGGUUUAUGUCUGCCUGAACUUUAAAUAAUGUAGUUGAACCGUACGAGACUAUGUCCUAAAGUUGAAUACGUAACAUAUUAACUUUAAUAAGUGUUUUGUUUGCGAAUAAAUUCUCUUAUUAAUCUGAUCAUCAUUAAUAUCA